AGAUACAUCCAGAGCAGAGCAGACACUGAAAGUUCUUCUCCAAAAUGUUAGCCAGCGCUGACUCUGAGUCUCCAGUCAACAACAAACCAGCCUCUCCAACCCACUCUGCUUCAAGCUGUAUUGUUUCAGUGAUCCUGGGGGUCUUCAGCCUCACACUACUGGCAUCAGGUGGAUACUUCGGUUACCAAUUCUUUCAGAUGCUUCAGAAUUCAGACGCAGAGAUACAAAACCUCAAACAGAAGCUGGAGAGUCUGCAAAACAGGACUGAGUGUCUCUAUGAUGACAGCGUGAUCUCCGAGAGCAUGCCAGAUGCUUGUCCGGAAUCCCUCCUCAAGGAUUUUCAAAACAGAGUUAAAAUGCUCUCUGAAGCCCUGCAGGAACUAAAGGAGGAUAAAGGACUCACUUGUCCAUUUUGCCCAGAGAACUGGUUAAAGCAUGGAGAAAACUGCUACAAUAUCUCGGUCAAAAAAGUGCCCUGGUCAAAUUGUUCUGCUCAGUGUGCGUUGUUGGGUUCCACAUUUUUACAGUCAGGCAAUCGGGAGCUCCUGGAUUCCCUGGUACCACUGGCAACCUACUCUUCCUGGAUUGGACUCUCCUAUAAAGACUCUAGCAUGAAAUGGACUUGGAUAGAUGGCUCCCCUGCUUCCUCAGACUUGAAAUGGAGAGAGACAAGGCCCGGACCUCAGCACACCUGUGCAUACGUAACGUCAACAGGCCUGGUGGCUCAGCAUUGUAUCAUCCCCCUCACCUGUGUCUGUGAGAAGAAUGCCUGUGAUACGUACUCAUAGAAAGAUGGGAAAACUCAUGCUGUCUCUGGAAUAUCUCCAAUUCAGUCACCUGCUGGAAUCUCCUGCCCCUUGUUAUGAUCUCUCUAUGCCUUUGUCCUAUAGUCCUUUCUCAUCAUUCUGAACUCUCUGUUGAAAUCAGGGUGACCUUGACAGAUAGAUUUCUGCUGUUAGGGAAUGGGACAGAAUUUCUUCAGAAGGAACUAGAACCUUCCCAGACUUUCUGCUCCUCCAGAAUGUUCAGGAACCAAUC